AUUGGUCUUACCUUGUACACUUAUGAAAUGGAACACAAAGGUGGAGAUAGAGUAUGUGUCACAGGAGCUUCUGGCUUUUUGGCUUCUUGGCUUAUUAAGAGACUUCUUCUUUCUGGCUAUCAUGUCAUUGGAACAGUUAGAGAUUUAGGGAAGAAGGAGAAAGUUGAACAUUUAUGGAAGUUGGAAGGAGCAACAGAAAGACUAGAACUAGUCCAAGCUGAUUUAAUGGAAGAAAAUAGCUUCGACAACGCGAUCAUGGGAUGCAAAGGUGUCUUCCACAUUGCCUCUCCAGUACUCAAACAUAUAUCAGAUGAUCCUAAGGCAGAAAUCUUGGAACCGGCAGUCCAAGGUACGCUAAAUGUGUUGCGUUCUUGUAAGAGGAACCCAGACCUUGUUCGAGUGGUGUUAGCCUCGUCGUCUUCAGCUAUUAGAGUAAGAGCUGAUUUUGAUCCAAACAUACCAAUUGAUGAGUCAUCUUGGAGCUCCCUGGAAUUGUGCGAGAAACUCAAGGCAUGGUACCCAAUGUCAAAGACAAUGGCAGAAAAAGCAGCUUGGGAAUAUUGCAAAGAGAAUGGAAUAGACUUAGUGACUAUUUUACCAUCAUUCAUCAUUGGACCUAGCUUGCCAUCAGAUUUAUGUUCUACUGCUUCUGAUGUUCUAGGCUUGUUCAAAGGGGAAACAGAGAAAUUUGAAUGGCAUGGAAGGAUGGGAUAUGUUCAUAUUGAUGAUGUUGCACUUUGUCACAUCCUUCUUUAUGAGAAUAAAGCCUCUCAUGGCAGAUAUCUUUGCUGCUCUACAGUAAUGGAUAAUGAUGAUUUGGUUGCCAUGCUAGCAACUCGUUUUCCUGGUUUUCCCAUUCCCAAAAGGUUCAAGAAACAAGAUAGACCAUAUUAUGAAUUAAACACAGGAAAGAUUGAGAGUCUAGGAUUCAAGUUUAAAUCUAUUGAAGAAAUGUUUGAUGAUUCCUUUGCAUCACUUGUGGAACAAGGCUAUCUCACUCUUCCUCACCAACCCCGUUAUGUUGUAUUGUAAUCAACUUCUGCAUAUGUAUGCUUUACUUCAGAUAUAUUAUGUUAAUUAAUUUCAAGUACCUUAUAGUAUUAUAUACCAAUAAAUAUGUAUACAACAUUGAUGGGAAUAAUCACUUUUGGAACCAAAAGAAUAAGACAA